ACACUGUCAAAAAAGAAGCUGUCCACUUGAGGUUUCAGGUAUUUUCCUUCUUCUUUUGUUUGUACAAAAUGUCAAAAUUCUAAAAUAUGUUUGAACACUUUUGAAAAAAUAUAAAUCAUAAAAAAUCCCAUCCCCUUACAUAACUUACGAUGGCGAAGCAGGAUGAUGGCCUCUUCCUCCUGGAAGUACUCAUCGACAAAGUACUAUUCGUGAAAAGUCCCUGCUUCUCUGACAAGGACUUUAGAACAUGUGUUACCAUAGAAGCACAAUCAGUAGAACCACUUGAAAUAUGUGACGAUGAUCCCGGAGCGUGCUCAGCCAAAAGUGGAGGGCCUUUUGUUAAGACGUUCAAUAGUGGAAAGUCUUGUUUAUUUUCGCUUCAAGAAGCAGACAUCCAAAAAGCAAUGAGUAACUUCCCUAUAAAAGUAACAGUAUACAAGUCACUUCCUUGCGGUUGCCUACCAACUAAAAUCAUUAUGGGAGAAGCGACUAUAGAUAUGACAAAGGAAUUUGUACAAUCGCGUAAGAAGUUUUUGGAAGACCCCACGAAUGUUAGCUACGAAGCUUUGAAAGAUUCAUUUCGAAUUGUCGGCCCUGACAGUGGAGAGACGGGUGAAAUAGUUAUGUUUCUACGCAUUUCUUGCUUUGGUAAAUUAAUAAUAACAAGAUUCCAAGGUACAAGCGGCCCACCUAAUCUAAGAGCUGGACAAGGUCCUUCUAUAAUCGAUCGAUCUUGCAAUCCUCGAAGGGAGUUUCAAACCUUUCGAGAUCCUUGUGUUUGUGGCGCUGCUCAUGCGGCAGCGACCAGCGGAGCAUCUGGUAGCAUUGCUCCCUGCAAAACGCUUGGAGGAUCAGCUGGUGGUUAUGGAAUCUGUCCUUUAGCUCGAGACCCUUACAGUACUAAGCCAUGUGAAGAUCCAGAUGAUCCUUGCUUUUGUUCUGGACCAAAACCACCUCCAAAACAACCAAUGGUUUGCAGAAAUACGGAUCCAUAUUGUUUGCAUGUUCCCAAAGGUGCCCUGCCGAGCUUGCCGAUUUAUCAAGAUUUGACGGAAGAUCAAAUAACGGACAUUAAAUCAAAAAACAAGGAAGUGACACUACUUCAUGUAGAAGACCAUUUCAUCAAUUUAUUAAAUACCGGAUCAUCGAUACCAUGCUCUGAAACAACGACAGUAGUCGAUGAGUAUCCACAGUCAUUUCCAGAAAAACUAAAAUUCUCAACUGAAUCAAUGCAAACUAAAUUAGACAACUCUACAGCUUCACUGUGUACCAUCAGGUCUAAGAGGCGCAGCGUUUCAUUUUCAGACAAAAUCGAUUACGUAUCAAAGUCUUACAGUCAUUUCUCAAAUUUCCGGAAAAAAUACAACAGGGACGCAUCAAAAAGUAUAUUUGGUAAAAAGGAAACUACGGUCUACAUGACGCUGUUUAAUGAUUUCUGCCGUCGUCGAACCUCAGGAACACAAGCAACAGCUUCCGUAAAUAAAUGCUUACAAGCAAAACGCAGUAAUGCAUCUAGCUAUAAUCCUUACUGUACUUCCAACCCUAGUAAUAAUACCUCUAACUGCCAAAGUUUAACUACGCCAAAUCAAGAUAGUAGGCGACAGUCAUACCAAAAUAAUUGUGAAAGAUACUCUGAUGUUUACUAUUUCGGAAAAAAGAAGGAGGGGAUGGGAUCUAGAAGACGUACAUCAAGCGUUUCUGCUCAAAAUGACGGAAUUAAGUUGAGUACGGCAUCAGUUCAAGCUCAAUCGCACAGUAGUGCUUCUGGUGCACAAACUAAGAAGACCUCGGGUGGAAGCACUAACGGAAGAAUGGUUUCCAUCAAGGAAAAUCCAUGUCCAGGUGCAAUUCCCAACGCAAAGGGAGAGAUGGUUGCGACUGUGUCCCAUAUAAGAAUUGGACCAAAAGAUCCAUGUCCUGUGCACGGAAGAGAACCAUGCCAAGGACCCAGAUGUAUUGCUGCUGCAGCAGCCCUAUCAGAAGAACAGGAACCUGUCAAGAUUUCAACCGCAACAAAUCCUCGACGCGGUGUUUUUGAAUUAGUAAUUCGUAGAAUGAAUGGAGCACCACUAGCAAGGAAUGAACUUAUGCUAGAAUGGACACCGCCGCCAACUCGUCCAUCUACCUGUGGAUCGCCGUGUGCGACGCCUUGUAUUGCCUUGAGCCCUGUCUGCCGACCUUCAAAAUAGUGGCUCCCUGCCCGCCCAGGAAGUGCUAUUCGGUGGCUCCGUGCAGGCCUCGCAAGUGCUACCCGACAUACCUGUGCUCUCCACGUAAGUGCUGCCUGUCACCCUGCGCACCUCGCCGAUGCUGCACACCCGUGC